AUGGCGGCGGCGCUGGAGUGCUGGUCGGGGCGGCCGAGCACCGACGAGGAGAUGGUGGAGCAGGUUCUCAUGAAGCCCCACGGGCGUUCAGAUGACUCCCUCCCGACCUGCGCCGACACUGCCUACGCCGGCGAGCCGACGUCGGCGCCCGCGCCCGCGCCCCCCAAGAAGUGGCAGCGGCUGGGCCGCAACUUUGCCGGCGCCAUCGCCGCGUUCAAGAACACGCUGAGCCUGGAUGGCGGCGGCCUCCCCCGCGACCCCUCACCGCGAGCCGAGAAGCCGCCACCGCUCCUCCUCCGUGGCCUCGCGCAGCUCUACUCCCGCGGCGCCGCCAAUCAGCAGCUGCCGGAGAAGCUCGUCACUGACCUCCGCCGCCACUUCGAUGCUCUCCCCAACAGCUACGCACAGGCAGGAUUUGACAUGAAAGAUGUCCUCUUGCAUGCCCGCCUUGUAGAGCAGGCGACCGGUGAGGAUCAGCCUGCAGUGAACAUUGAGGAGGUUCAUGGCAGAGGAAGUGGUGAUGAAGGCACUGUUUUCCAGCUAACAUUUGCUUGCACAGCCCCGCUCUCAUGGCAGUCAAUGUCAGGGUCACUAGACAGCCCUUCGUUCUGUUGCAAGAAGAUCCAGAUCUUUGAGAAGAGAGGGUUGACACUUGGUGUUGUCAUGAUACUUGUGCAAACUGGGAAUGAGGCGCUCUUCAAGAACCGGGUUGAGUCUGCACUGAAAUCGGUAGUAAAGAAGCAAAGAAAGAACAGUGGUGGCGUGAAGCUACCAUUUGGGCUCUGCGGUUGUCAAGAAGAAGGAUCGAGAAACUUUGAUGAGGAGUCAAUGUUUGAUCCAGAUGAUGGUCAGGUACUUGACAAUGAGCUGACACGCAGACCACAGCUUCCCACUCCCCUACCACAGUCAUCAGUCUUCGUCUCAGUAGAUGAAUGGCAAACCAUUCGCUCUGGUGGUGAGGAGCUCGGUCGCUGGAUGCUGCGUUCUGAGGAGAUUGAGUUCAUUGAUUGGGUUGGUGCGAAUUCAUUCCAGGGUGUCUAUAGAGGAAAGAAGGUUUGGGUCAACAAAUUGAGGGGCUGUGACAUGGGAAGUGCUUACGACGUCGAGAUCCGUCAGGACUUGCUGCAGUUGAUGAGCUGUGGCCAGAGGAACAUCCUCCAAUUCCAUGGCAUUUGUUUCAAUGAAAAUCAUGGCCUAUGCAUAGUGACGAGGAUGAUGGAAGGGGGAUCAGUUCAUGAUAUUCUUAUGCAGAGAAACAAGAGGUUGUCCCUCCGAGACACGGUUAGGAUCGCUCUUGAUGUCGCUGACGCUCUGGCUUUCUUGAACAGCUAUGGCAUUGCAUACCGUGAUCUCAAUGCUCGGAAGAUCCUGCUGGAUAGGCAAGGGAAUGCUUGCCUUGGGGAUAUGGGCAUUGUUACACCUUGUAGUAAUGUUGGUGAGGUCACUGAGUAUGAGACAUCUGGGUACCGAUGGCUGGCUCCAGAGAUCAUUGCUGGAGAUCCUGAAACCGUCUCCGAGACCUGGAUGAGCAACGUCUACAGCUACGGAAUGGUGCUCUGGGAGAUGAUCACCGGAGAGGAGGCCUACUCCACCUACUCGCCAGUGCAAGCAGCUGUCGGAAUCGCCGCCUGCGGGCUGAGGCCGGAGAUCCCCAGAGAUUGUCCUCCUUUCCUGAGGUCGCUGAUGAACAGGUGCUGGGACAAUUCCCCUCUGAAGCGCCCUCAGUUCUCAGAGAUCAUAUCCAUCCUACAAAGGCAGAACUUUAGAUAG